AUGGGAAAGGGCAAACGACGCGCCAAAGAGUCACCAAAGGACUCGUUCUACGCCGUCCUGGAUGUGGAGACGCCAGAGUCUGACCAUGUCGACGCCGGCGUCCUUGCAUCUGUCCUCUCGGCCGAGUUUACGUUGAUCGACCCUUCCCUCGUUCAUGCCAUUCUACUGGACUAUGACCCCGAGACGCUUAGCCAGCAUAUCGACGACAUCCGAGAGCAGCUCGGUAUGCUCGAGGCAUCCAGCGUGCCCGACUCGAACGACAUGGAGCAGCUAGCCACCCCUACAGUGUCCCCUAGCUCCGAGUCCGGGCGGUCCCCCUUGCACUCGGUGUUUGCUACCAGCAACGGUGGCACGGCUAUCUCAUCUAACCCAUCCAUUUUCUCAGACAAUGAGGACGACGGGGAACCAAGGACCGAAGAGGAGCUGCUCGCAACUUUCUUCCCAGGUUUGCCGAAACGCUGUAUUGAUGAGGCAUUCGCGUCAGAGCCAUCACUUGAGGCUGCCAUCGAUCACCUCCUCUCUGUGGAGCUCAUACGCGGCGUCCAGCGUACUGGCAAGUGGGAAGGCGGAGCGGACGAGACCGAUGAGCCCCAGCAGGAUUGGUCGACGUCCCGGUCACGUCGCGGUAGCGCGUCAGCAUCAUCGUCGUCCAAACCGAGUCGCCCGUCACGGACCAAGGCCAAGAAGCAAAAGGCCAAGACUAUGCCCUUAGUUGACACCAUGCAACGCCGACCCGUUGUGUCGCGUGCCGCCUCGGCAUCAUCAUCUACUGCCAGUGGAAGCCGCACUCCUGGCGCUCCGUCGGCCGACGUUUGGUCUGCCUUUGCCUCGCUCGCCGCUUUCCUCUCCGAAGUUGUGCCCCGCGCCGGGACACAGUACUUUAUCUCCUACCUCCAUUCCCCAGACUACAUGUGCGCGUACGAGGCGGUGCAGGCUGCCAUCUCUGCGCUUGCCGCCUCGUCGUCUGCAGUCCCCAACCAGGAAGCCGUCUCGAUCCUCGAGGAAAUGUACGGCACGUCGGUGGACGAUGAGGACGACUCCAAUCUCUCUGUCUGCGUGCGCGCGACGGCUGGCGAUGUCGUUGCUGUCAUGGACCUUAUGGAUCUGCUCACCGACCUCACCUGGUGGCCCGACUUUGAGAGCGCUCGCGAAAACGAAAGCGACCCGUUCGACACACUUGUAAAGUUGCAGUCGGCCUUACCAGCCAAACCGUCAGUGUUGGUGGCGCAAGCGCAACCCGAGACACAGACAACUCGCGCCGUCAACUCGAACCGCCUCAGUCGCCCUACAUCGCAGGAGCCCAAGAAGCGCGAGCGUGUAGUACCAGGAUCUAAGCCUGCCCCCUCAGCUGCAGCAUACCCCUCGGCGCACGGUGCUGCCCUCCCAGGAUCUGAACGGUGGUCGGUUCCAAGGGGCACCAACCUGACCAAACAGCAAAUACACAACACUCCAUGGCAGGAGGUCGCUCCCACGCAGCGGCGUGCUGCACGCGGUGCCCAUCCCCUCGCCGCGAGCAUUCCAGCCUACGCACGAGGCAUGCUUCCGCAGAACAAGACUGCUGGUGCCCUCGCACGCGCCCAGCGCGCCGAAGACGCUGGUCUCACAGCAGACGACUGCUAUAACCGUGGCGAAAUGGAGUGGCAGAGACGCGCCGAAGCGAUCCGCGAGGCUGGACGGCACUUCAAGUCCUCUGGUCGCAAGGAUACCGCCGCCAUGGUGGCUUCCCACUAUGCCGCCCGCGCUCGCGAGGCCAUGGACAGUGCGCGCGAAUGGGAACUCCGCGGCGCACGCAUGGUCAUUGACCGCCAGCUCAACUCGUCAAGCGGGCACGUCGUGGACCUGCACUACGCGACAGUCGAACAGGCAGUCACCCUCGCGCUCGAGACGGCGGAUAACUGGUGGCGCAACGCACAGCGUACCAGGGAGAAUGGCAACAUGGCUGCUCCGCAGCCGCUCAUUAUCGUCGUUGGCAAGGGACGGCACUCGGUCAGCAACGUUGGUGUACUCGGACCAGCGGUUGCGCGCGCGCUGGUGGAUGGUGGGUGGAGGAUUGAGCGGUGUGAGGGAUACAUCGCCGUCAAGGCGAGAUAA